GACAGGGCAGAAAUGGUGGAUCUGAUGGUGGAGAGGUACGGCCAGCGGUCUGUGGAGGUGAUCAGGGAGGUGCUCACGGACAUGAACAGGACUGAUCUGGAUCAGAGGUUGUCAGAGACCAGCUUACGACUUACAGGGAAACAUCUGACGUCACUACUCCAGAAAGAUUUAACCAUGACAUCAGUUAAGGAGAAACUUCUGGAAACACUGGAAGAUUUAAGUUAUGGAGAAAUCAACGAAUUCAAGUUCGUCCUGCAGAGCCCAGAAACAACAAGCGGCCACCCAAUAAUCCCAAAACGUCAAAUGAAGAUGGCACAAAGAGUUGACUUGGUGGAGCUGAUGAUGCAGACGUACGGUGAACGGUCUGUGGAGGUGACCAAUGAGGUCUUAAAGAAAAUAAACAGGAGUGAUCUGGUGCAGAGGCUGUCAGAGAUCAGCUCAGGAUCCAAAGGACCUUUAAGAAGCGCUGAGCUUGAGGGCUGUGGAAGCACUAUGCAGGAAUCCAGCGACUGGACUAAACUUGAACCUGAAGUGAACGGCACAGAUGCAGAUGAGGAUUCAACUUACAGUCUGCAGUCUGAGGCCGGACGCUUUGAAUGCAGUGUCUCUGCCUUACGCUGGGUCUGUAAGGAAACGGUCAGCCUCGAGUACCAGUUUGUCUCUUGGGAGGAACACAUGGAGAGGAUGAAGAGCAUGCAAUACAAGCCUGCAGGUCCGUUAAUGAACAUCACAGUCAAUGCUGGGAAGUUAGAUGAAGUGUAUCUGCCACACUGGAUCUGCAUCGAUGACAACCCAACAAUAAUAAACAAGUUUGCAGCCCUACACAUGGAUGACUGUGGAGAUGUUGUGGAAAAAGUGUCUGAGGUCACAUCGUCCCAUGUCAAGUUAUCUGAACCAGUUUUCUCUCCAAGAGCGGCCCUGGUGAAAGCCGGCUUUCGUGUGAAAACAAAAUCUUACGUGUUAAUAUACUAUAAACCCAACACACCGGUCCUGAAACUACAUGUCUACGUGAUCCCAAAAGAUCCUGCUCUACAAAAGACAGUGGACAAGACGGAAAUCUCCGACCGAUACGAAAAAAUCAGAAAGCCACACCCAGACAAGUACCUGAAAAUGAAGCAGGGUUACAUCCUCACAGCAGAUAUCAACACGGCAGAUAUUAGCCCAGAGGAAUUAACCCUCAGACAUGAGAGCGACCCAAACUUCUAUGAAGUGUUCAUUAAGAAUCCAGACAGAGACUUCUACCUUACGCUCUCACAGUCUUCCACAAAACAACAAGUGUGGAGCCAUAAAAUUCAAAAAGAUGACUAUCCAAACUCUGGUUAUUUAGAGGCUGCGGGACCCUCACCUGGAGCAACUGGUGGAAAUACAGUGGCAGAAAGUGUAUGCACAGAUGAGCACUUUGUGGACAAACACCAACUUCGGCUGAUCAAGAGAGUGACCAACAUUGCAUCGAUUUUGGAUGAGCUCUUGGACAAAAAAGUCAUCAACAAUGAAAAAUGGGAAGAAAUUAGGAAAAUGCCCACCCCUGAUGCUAAAAUGAGGGAGGUCUAUAUUUGCAUGAGAGCUGGUGACGAAUGCAAAAAUAUCUUCUUUGAAAUCCUUAAAAGACAGGAGAAACUUCUCAUUGAAGACCUCCAGAAAAAGAACUAAAUGUUAUGGUGAAAUCCAUCUUUAGACCAAACAUGAAUUGUCUUCCUGAACACAAAAUAUUUUUAUAUGUUAUCAUUGAUGAACUACUAAUGUUAAUGCUGUGUCUCUGUGGAGGUUUUUCUACUUGGGUUUUUUAACAACUGUUUUCCUUAAUUUUACAGCUAAACUUGGUGAAAUUUGUAUGGACAACUGGCCAAAAUAACCUCACAGAUUGUUUCAAACCCAGACUUGUCCCCACAACCAUAGCAAGACAUGUAUGCACACAUGUACAUGUCUUAACAGAAGUUGAUCUGCAAUGAAGCUAUACCACUAUAUCCCCAUAUAGACUAGAAUAACUUGUAAGAACCUUUAUGAUAUACCUUACCUGUUACCUUUUUGAGACUUAUUUUUAAAGCAAUAUGUGAGGCUACUUGGGAAAGUGGUCUCAGACUUUUGGCCACCACUGUAUAUAAACUAACCCUAUACUGAGAGGUGUUCCUAAUUUUUUGUCCAUCCCAUUUAUAGGAAUUAGACAGCACAGUAACAGCAUUGUGUCCAAUGGAAACUAUUUACAACAUUUUUACCAGGGAAACAGUCAAUGUCCAGCCUUUGCACUGCGCUCAUUUUAACUUUCCAUCUUGGUGUUGUAGAGUUUUUAAGACCUUUUUAAGAGUGUGGUGAAUGCAAUUUAAGAAUAUAAUUGAAAAGAAAAAAGAGCUGUGCACCAAAAUAACAA